GGUUUCACUAGAUAUAGACUUAAAAUGUGUGAAAUCUGGAACAUGCUUCAUUGAAUGAACACACAUAGCUCACAUCAACAAACCCCAAAAGUGGCGAAACCAUUUAAAGGUAUAGAGUGUGAAAAGACUUUCACUGAUAGAACACAUCAGCCGACUAACAUGGGCAAGAAAGGAUUCAAAUGCAAGGAGUGCGGGAAGAACUUCAGUCAGAGUGGACACCUCAAUAUACAUCAACGGACUCACACAGGGGAUAAACCAUUUAAAUGCAUGGAGUGUGGAAAGACCUUUCGUGAUAAUGGAAACCUUAGAACACAUCAACGGACACACACAGGGGAGAAACCAUAUGAAUGUAUGGAGUGUAGAAAGAGCUUCAGUUUCAGUGCAAACCUUAGACGACAUCAACGGACUCACACAGGGGAAAAACCAUUUAAAUGCAUUGAGUGCGGAAAGAGAUUUAGUGAUAAUGGAAAACUUAGAAGACAUCAAGAGACUCACACAGGGGAGAAACCAUUUAAAUGUAUAGAGUGUGGAAAGAGCUUUUGUGAUAAUAGAACCCUUAGAACACAUCAACGGACUCACACAGGAGAGAAACCAUAUGAAUGUAUGGAGUGCGGAAAGAGCUUUUGUGAUAAUAGAACCCUUAGAAGACAUCAACGGACUCACACAGGGGAGAAACCAUAUGAAUGUAUGGAGUGUGGAAAGAGCUUUAGUGAUAAUGGAACCCUUAGAAGACAUCAACGGACUCACACAGGAGAGAAACCAUAUAAAUGUAUGGAGUGCGGAAAGAGCUUUCGUAAUAAUGGAACCCUUAGAACACAUCAGUGGACUCACACAGGGGAGAAACCAUAUGAAUGUAUGGAGUGUCGAAAGAGCUUUAGUGAUAAUGGAACCCUUAGAACACAUCAACGGACUCACACAGGGGAAAAACCAUUUAAAUGCAUGGAGUGCGGAAGAAAAUUCAGUCAGAGUGGACACCUAAAUAUGCAUCUACUGACUCACACGGGUGAAAAACCUUUUAAAUGCAUGGAGUGCGGAAAGAGCUUUAGAGAUAAUGGAAAACUUAGAAGACAUCAACGGACUCACACAGGGGAGAAACCAUUUAAAUGUAUAGAGUGUGGAAAGAGCUUUAGUGAUAAUGGAAAACUUAGAACACAUCAACGGACUCACACAGGGGAGAAACCAUAUAAAUGUAUGCAUUGUGGAAAGAGCUUCAGUAAUAGUGGAAACUUCAAUAUACACCAACGGACUCACACAGGGGAGAAACCAUAUGAAUGUAUGGAGUGCGGAAAGAGCUUCAGAGAUAAUGGAAGCCUUAGAAUGCAUCAACGGACACACACGGGGGAGAAACCAUAUGAAUGUAUGGAGUGCGGAAAGAGCUUUCGUGAUAAUGGAAUCCUUAGAACACAUCAACGGACUCACACAGGGGAGAAACCAUAUGAAUGUAUGGCGUGCGGAAAGAGCUUUCGUGCUAAUGGCAACCUUAGAAGACAUCAACAGACUCACACAGGGGAGAAACCAUGUAAAUGUAUGGAGUGCGGAAAGAGCUUUCGUGAUAAUGGAACCCUUAGAAGACAUCAACGGACUCACACAGGGGAAAAACCAUUUAAAUGCAUGGAGUGCGGAAGGAAAUUCAGUCAGAGUGGACACCUCAGCGUGCAUCAACUGACUCACACAGGGGAGAAACCAUAUGAAUGAUUUGUUCUCAGGAGCUAAGUUUUGUGCCUCACUGUGGUCCCAGUCAUAACUGUAGCCUUUGAAAGCUCAGUAAACUAUUACUGAAGAAGU